CGAGAAAAAAGAGAAGACCAGCGCAGUACCCUUACCCACGUACGCAUCGCCGUCUUCAGCAGCAGGAGCUUCUGGUCAACUACGGCAAAGCCACACUACUAGCAAGAUCCUGGUGCAGGGAAGAAACAAGGUGAUGAACAAAGAACGUCUGUUGCCACACAUAGUUGUACCACCAGCACACCACCAUAAAGAGGAUGAGGACAUCCUUCAGGGUUGUGCAGUUUCUACCGGUUGUUCUGUAGGAAACAAAAACUUCGGGCUGAUCACUACUCGAACAACACCCGACGUGCAAAGAACUACCUCCAUCCUGAACCGCGAAGUGCAACUUGACCUGCUAGAAAAAAGCAACGACAGCCUGAGGACGACAAGCUCCGGCUUGGCCAUGGAAAUGCCCUGGACUCGCGGUGCUUCCGACGAUAUGACACGGCACAAAAGUAUUUUUUUCGUGCGAAUUUAUUUUGCCAUCAUGCUCAUGCAUGGGGUUGGGGACCACAGAUCAUGUGUACUGCUACUUUAUUUUUAAUCCGCUUGACAAAUUGCAUUUUUGAUUCUGAAAACAAGACAGGUCGUCUUGCAAAAAUCACUGAAGUAGCCAUUGGAUCGUGCUUUUGUGUAGUCCCAUAGACAACACUGCGGACCGGCGGGGGACCAACAUCGAUCAGCCACAGAAGCCGUCGCGAGCUAUGCGGGAGGCUGCGCUGUUAAACGAGUUUGAAAAGGAGCUCGCUGACGAUGUUCUUCGUAGCUGCAAGAGCAAUCACUACGGCGGAAACGAGCGCCGGACAGCAUCGCCGAGUGCGGUCGUGGCUUGCAGAAACCGCACCGCAAUACUUCUACCAAGUAGCUGCAGUGCCAGCGACGCGGCCGGCAGUUGUGGUGGUGCAAGCAGCAUAUUGUGUAAUUGUAAAGGAAAAUUUCUAGGACUAGGAGAUGGAGAGAAACAAGAACAACUAGGACACCUCCAGCGAAUCAAUGGUCCGCCGGGGCGGGGCAGCAAUGACAACAACUACAGAAUCACUUCUCCUGCGUCUUUUUCUGAUCGUGAUCCACAGCGCCGGCACUACAACUCCUCCUGUGCUGGGGACACUACGACGACACCAGUGACGGUCACAGCACUGUCCAACGAAGCUGAAUUUCCUGGGGAUAGACAACACAGCAAAGGCAGCUCCUCGUCGUGCACGGGAAGCAAAAGCGCUGGAGAUAAUUCUUCCUCUUCUUCUCCUCCCUUGAUAACGACCCGGCGGAGCGCGACCGGCAGUGCCUGGACUCGGGUGGGCCGCCGGAUCCUGCAACCACUGACGGUUUUAGCAGCCGGGACGAGGAGGACAACAGCUGGCACGGCGUCCAGAGGAAAUAAAACAAGAGGAGCUCCGGCGGCUCCGACUACAUCAGGAGGCACCGUCGUUCUCCUGCCUGUGUCAAGUGGUUCACCAUCUGCCGUUCACGGGGGUGACGAGGGUGCAACAAGUACGAACGCACAAGUAAACGACAAAGACAAUAAAUCGAAACAAGGCGCCAGCGAUGAUGUCCGAGGUGGGGAUGCGCUUGGUCUAGCUACGCCACCAGAAAUCAGAACAGUAGCGCGGGCCACUCCUGCUCAUGCCGCAGCUACAACAGCCCCGAGCAGUACAAAGAACAGAAGCCCUACUUGUGCAACUCCAAGUGGUGCCGAGCCCACCGGCGCAAAGAGCUCUUCAUCCACAACGCCACUCGCUUCAGCAGCGUCUUCAAGGUUGCUAGCGCCACUUGCUCACCAACAAGGGCUGCAUAGUCCUCCGGUCGGACAAGCGCCAACCGGAAACAGCAGGGAGGGCUUGCCGGCGGACACGGAGGGGCUGCUGGGACGGGGAUGAAUUAGGGAGCCGCGAGAAUGGUUUUGUGGUGUGGUCUCUGGUGGGUUGGAAGUUCGCUGUGAAAUGAGUUUUGUUUUUCUUGUUAUCUCUGAGUUCUUAGGUGAUCAAAAGUUAGUUCUUCUUCUUAGUUUACACGUUGAGGUUGAUACGGAUGCGACUGCAUAUAAUUUUGCUACUAGAAAAAGAGAAACCAGCGACAUAAUUCGCUCGUAUUCUUGCUAUUGAUCGAGUCAAAGGCCUAGUACUCGUUUCGGUGCCGAAAUGCUUGCAGGAGACUGAGAAGCGAUUCUUUUAUCUUGCCGGUAGGAGGAGCGACUUACCUGUAUAGGCGUUGCUCUUUUCUAUGCUUGCCAGAUUUAUUCUCUGUUGUCUGCGAAACUCACAAUUUACUGCUGGUCUGCUAAACGUAAAGACUCUUUUGCAACGCUCGUCGAAUUCAUGGCUCUAGUGUACUAAAUUCAAAAUGUUUUUUCACCCGAGUAUAAAAAUCCGCAAUGAUCUGGUUGAUUUCCAUUCUCAUGCGCAACCAGCAGGGUUGUCUUUAGUACAGAUCUAUUCCUGCAGGGCCUCUUUUUGCUUUUUUUUUUCUUUCAGUUGAGAAGCUCCUGCGAAAGCACUGAAACGUCUUUGAUCUUCUUUGCAACUGAUAUAAUUACACAGGCUCUAUUCAUCGACGUCCAUGAUUUUUUGAAUUGCGUACUUCAGUUCUUCUUGUUGAAAUAAGUGAAACAAACUAGACGAGUUUGAUGCAGUAGUUGUUUAGGAAUUCGUUUAACAAUUUCCAUGACGCGAAAUCGGCAAAAUCGUGUGUGAGACGCUCGUAUACCGUGCAAAAGUCGAAGUCCCAUUAUAGACACGAGACUCGCACAGAUGAAGCCGUGAAUCAGAGAAAAAAGACACAUUUAGUUAUUUUAGUGCAACUCUGGUAGUCGGCUCGUGAAAGAAUAUUUGAAGCUGAAGUUGAUUCUCGUGUGCCCUUGCUUACACUUGAAAGCCAUAUUUCAUUCUCGGAGCCUGUAUCUUUUCGUCAUACUACAACUACGCUUCAAGAUUUGUUACACACGGCUUUGUUAAUCGUUCUAUGUAUCAUAUAUAAUUUUGGGGCUCUAAAAAUCUAUGCCAUUGUUGAUUUCUAUUCUGCAUAAAUGAACCCGUGCGAAAACCACAAAUAAAAUCACGUACUCUAUCAUUCCUGACGCCGUGAGCUCCUGUGAAU